AUGACCGCUAUCCAAAUUUCUGGGCAAUCAGGCUCUGACUGGCGCACUGCUACGCCGACAGAGCAACCAAUAGAUGCUGAAGGCUAUUCGAUCCGACCGGACAACGUAUGGUCUAACGACCAAACAGUUUCUCGUCGCAACCGCGCAGCGAUACCACUCAAUAGUUUCGCUUCAGAUGGUGUUGCUGGCCAAGACAUUACUGGAGAAUCUCAGACCUGUAGGAGGCGACGGCAAGCACAUACAGCUUUCGAGUCCAAGAGCAGCGAAGUGGAAGACGACUAUGAUGGGGAUGAUGAUAAAGAAGACAAAAAUGAUAAUGAUUCAGAGUCUUCAGACGACCCUUCUGAGAAUACUUUCCAAGGCAUCAAGGCAUGUUACCUAGAUGAACUCCUUUUAUUAAAAAUAUAG